AUGGAUGAUCGAACACUUCGAGCUUAUUUACGUAAUAAUUCUGCAUGGAAUUUAGAUGAAAGUGCACCAGGACCACCAAUGGAUCAUUUUAAUACAUCAUUAACUGGUAAUGGUGAUAAAUUACUUAAUAGUAGUGUUCAUUUUCCGGCAGAAAUGAGAUCGGCAAAUCUUAAUGAUAUGGUAUCAAAUAUAAUUGAUGAAAAUUCAGAAUAUCAUCAAAAUGGUAUAAUAUCAACAUUUUCUCAAUAUCCAUCAACAUCGAUGAUGAUGCCAACAAUAUGGUCGAAUGGUGAACAAUCAGAUCAACAUAUACAAUAUAUGCAACAAGUCAAAAAUUUUCCACGUCGCCAAACAAAAUUUGCUUCUUCAACUAUAUCUGAAAGUGGUCAUCCACGUAAUAUUCCAGAUUCAUGUUCAAUCCGUCCAAAUCCUCCAAAAGAUAUUCCAGUUCUUAUUCGUAAAGGUGAUCAUACUGGCAUCAAUUCUCUUAUAACAAAUAUGUCAUUACAACAAUUUCGUCAGAUGAUUGGUUUACAAUGUAGUUCAAGUUUAACAACAACAAAUGAUCGACGAAUUUCAUCAUCAUUACGUACAUUAGAUAAUCGACGUCCUUAUUCAUCAAUAAAUAAUAAUCUUAAUCAAGUACAACAUCAACCAUUAUCAUCAUCAUCGUCAAGUUCAUCAUCAUCAAUAGCAACAUUAAAUCCUCGUCUUGUUAAUAGUUUUAAACAACGAUCACAAGAUACAAUAUUACAACAAAAUUAUUCAUCUUUUCAAAAUACUGAUCGACAACAUUCAUCAAUGUUACCUAUUUCACCUCGUGAUACAUUAUCAAUGAAUUUUUCUGGUGCUAAUGGAACAUCAACAAUAAAUGAUCCUAAUUUAACAUCACCUGUAACAACAUGUCAAGAUAUUAGACGAACAGGAGUUGCCAAUACUUUACAUAUUGCUAUUGAAAAAUGUUAUGAACAAUUGAAUUAUAUUCGAGAUAGUUAUUCAGAAACGGAAUCAAAAAUUGGAAUUCAAACAUUGCAUAAAUCUCCAUCAUCGUCAUUAAUAAAUGAUAUAACAAAUUCAAAUUUUUCAACAUUAUCAAAUAAUCCAUCACGUGUUGAUCGAUUAAUUGCUGAAUAUCAUUAUGAAUAUACUCGAAUACUUCGUUUACAUGAACGUGUUAAAGAAAUUUUACAUAUGCAAGAUAUUGAAGCAACACGACAAACACUUGAUGAAUGGUUUAAUACUAUUAAUAAUGUACAAGAACGUCGUCGACAAGAAAUUGAUAAUGCAGCUGAAAAAUGUCGUUCAGGUGAACCACGUUUACCUGAUGAAAAAGAUGUUUUACAAUUAGCUGAAGCUUUACGUAUAUUACGUAUAACAACACGAAAAAUUCGAACUGUUCUUUGGUAUUGGUUAUAUUGGUCAACAAAUUCUACGACAAAUAAAAUUCCAUUAAUAGCUCGUCAUCAAGAUGAACAAUUAAAUACAGAAUUUCAAUCAACCAUUCAAAGUGAUCAACAUUCAACAUAUAAUCUAUUUUAUCCUUCAACAAAUAACGAAGAUGAAUCAAAAACUACACUUGAAUCUGAUGAACAACGAAAAAUUUUAUUGAAAAACGUAAUAUCAUCAAAUGAUAAUAAUAAAGAGAAUGAAUGUAACAAAUAA